AUGUGGGUUUUAUGCUUGAGUGCAGUGCUCUAUUGUGGUGGGCUGUGGCUGGCGUCGCUGUGUGUGAUGUGUAAGAUGGCCAUCCUGUUGGACAAUAAGGAGAUGUACCAGCUCUACAGAAGCACACUGGACAAAGGCAGCACUGCAUUCGACAAACUGUUGUGGAACGAUGAUGAGCCGUGGCAGAGGGUCAAUGCCUACCUCAUCCAUGACACUGCAGACUGGAAGGACCUGAACCUCAAGUUUGUCCUGCAGGUUUACAGAGACUUCCAUCUCACACAGGACAGGCAGUAUUUACAGGACAUGUGGCCAAUCUGCCAGGCGGUGAUGGAGUCGGAGAUGAAGUUCGACCUGGAUGGAGACGGACUCAUUGAGAACUCUGGAUAUGCAGACCAGACUUAUGAUGGAUGGACAGUGACUGGACCAAGUGCUUAUUGUGGUGGGCUGUGGCUGGCGUCGCUGUGUGUGAUGUGUAAGAUGGCCAUCCUGUUGGACAAUAAGGAGAUGUACCAGCUCUACAGAAGCACACUGGACAAAGGCAGCACUGCAUUCGACAAACUGUUGUGGAACGGUAAGAAGUUUGUGUUCACUGUGGAUAUGCUGUUUUAG